AUGGGCUCCUAUAGAGAGCCAGGUCUGCACAUUUUGGGUCCUGAAUGGCUGGAGAUUGCCGAACAUGCCACGCUCUCGUUUGGAAAGGGUACGCCCGAGGAAUUACGGAACCAAGUAAAGUUGCCUUUUGAGCUGCCUCCACCCAGCGGAUUGACCAUCACCGACAAACCGGUGCCCGGAUAUGACGGUGGCACCAACCAGGUCCGCAUCUACAAGCCGGAGGGGCCCUCGACCAACGGCGCCGUCCUGAUAUAUGUUCAUGGCGGCGGCUGGACUGUUGGAACCUUGGACACGGAGGACGCCUUCUGCCGCACCGUAUGCACAGGCAACCAGAUCGUCGUUGUGAGCAUAGACUACAGGAAGGCUCCAGAGCAUCCUUUCCCCAUCGGAAUCGAGGACGUCUGGGCCGGAGUUCUCUGGGUUCAGAACAACCUAGAGUCCCUCGGGGGGAAGCCAGACAACAUCAUCAUGGGAGGCCUGAGUGCCGGGGGCAACAUGACAGCAGCACUCGUUCAACGUGCCAGGUCCACAGGUCUCGUCUCCAUCCGUGGGCACAUCCUGCGCGAACCCAUCGUGGUCCACCCGGCGGUCCAGCCCGCGGGCGUCGACUUCUCGAGCUACGUCGACUCCAAGGACGCCCCGAUCCUUCCGACUAUCGGGGUGCACCGCUGCCUCGAGUGGUACAAGCCCGUGCCCGACGAUCUGCGCAUGUCACCCCUCCUGGCCGAGGACUUCUCGGGUCUGCCGCCGGCAUACGUGCAGAUUGCCGGGGUUGACCCCCUGCGGAGCGAUGCCUUCGCCUACAUCGACAAGCUCCAAGCAGCUGGGGUUCCGGUGCGCGUCAGCGUGUAUCCUGGAUUACCGCAUGCAUUCCAGAUGGUGCCGCUGAAGUCGAGCCAACAGAGUGACCAGGAGCUUAUCCAUGCUGUGAAGUGGCUCAUUGGAAGUGAACGAGACGAGGACACAAGCAAUGGCGGACCCGACCGUCUUGCUGGGCGGGAACCCUAAGCUUACCGCCAGCACAUGGUCAACAAGUGGCGUGGAUGUGCAAUCACCGUCGGUUGUGGUUGUUCCGGGUGAACAACACUCGAGGACGGUCGAACUCGCAGAUGGGAUGUUUGGUAAGGCCGUUGCAGUCAGCAGCACGAGACAGACGUGAUGAAGAUUGAUUUGUCAU